CUAUAUAACAAAGUGAGCUAACGUACCAAAUAUACCAUCAGUCCAACACAUUAACCAGAAGAAACUAUUAUGGCUAAGUCUAGAACCACAAGUACUUGUACGAAGAAUAAGAGCAUUGUGAAGCUCAAAAUUGUAGUGGAAAAGCUACAAAGAAGUCUAUCUUUGGGAAGAUCAAAAUCGUCAAAUUAUUCCAAUGGCGACUCAACGACUGUGCCGGAAGAUGUUAAGGAGGGCCACUUUGCUGUGAUUGCGGUGGAAGGAGAUGAACCAAAGAGAUUUGUGGUGGCAUUGAGUUACUUGACACACUCAACUUUCUUGAAGCUAUUGGAGCAAGCAGCUGAGGAGUAUGGUUUUGUUCACGAAGGUGCCCUAACCAUUCCUUGCCAGUCAAGCGAGCUCGAGAAGAUAUUAGACGAUCGGCAAUGGCAGGAGGAAGAAAGAGGCUCAUCUAGUGAUGUUAACUGGGGUUAUUGUAAAUCUAUGGUACGGAAUUGGUUUUUUUAAUUUUAUUGAGGCUGUAUAAGUUAGUCUCUCUGCCAUAUUUUACAUUUUGUUUGAGUAAAUUGUUUUUGUUUCUCAAUAUAUAGAGAGUAAAUUUAUCCACCGGCAGAGCCAGAGGAGUUUUGACAUUGUUUACAUUAAUGUAGUGGACUUGUUAAUAUUCUCUAG